AUCUGGGGGAAUUUAUUUUCUCCAAUAUGGCAACCUGGGUGACGUAUAUAUUUGACAAGUCGACUUUCACACUUGCGAAACUUGUGAAGUUAACUGUUUACAUCGCCAUUUAUAAAAAACACAGAUUGUUAUUAUUGAUCGUUAUUAAUUAGAAUGGCCGUCGCCGAGUUUCUGAAGGGAUUGCCUUCAUUUGAUGAGAACAACUUCACCAAGUUUCAUGUGGAUGCCAAUAAUAGGUCACCGCUGAAAAGGCCUUCCGUAUACGUGCCUACGAAAGACUUUCCCUCGGAACAAGUUAUAGUUACAGAAAAGACUAAUAUAUUGCUCAGGUACCUGCAUCAUCACUGGGAGAAAAAGAAUUUACAGAAAAAGCGUGAUCACACUGCAGCAGAAAUUGAGGAACAAAUCCAAGUGAGAAAACGAGCGCGAAUUGACUACAACACACCAUGAAGCACAGAAAUUAGAGCAGCUAAUUGCAAAUGUGGUUUAUCAUACUAUUCUGUAACCAUUUAUUUCUACUGAUUAGAAGGUGUAAAAUAAUGUAAUGAAUUUUAAGGUUGAUUGAUGAAAGUCAGCAUUUCUUUUUUUUAGUAUAUGGGGUGAUGUAAUGAGGAUGAUGCAUGUUGUGUUUAAAGAAUUUAUGAAAUUAUUUUCUGAUGUAUAAAGUGGGAAAUUCUUGUGUAAAAUCUUUGAUUCUGCAAAGACUUUGCACAAGAUACAAUAAAAUAUCAUUUUAACUUUUAUAA